AUGGAGGCCACCGAACCCCGGUCCCCGCAAGUCGGCCCCGGCUUCGGCGUGCGCCCUCCUCAACGCGACCAGCCUCCGCGCAGCCCAUUAAGCCCGAGAGGCAUAGCCACCCGCAGCUCGAGACUCGGAGGGUCGCCAAAGUCUGGAACUGGAGACGGCGACAGGGAAGGCCAGAGCCAGAGUGCCACCGCUGGAGUCGGAGCAACAUCUGGGGGGAAAUGGUCUGCCAAGAUGCGCCUGCCGGCGUCCUCGACGAAACCGUUGGUUCCCGCGACGGAAAGGAUAUCCGAGGAGAGAAAUCAGGUCUCUACGCGACGCAUGAGGGCCGACAGCUCCGCCGACGAUAAGUUCGAGAUUGCCCCCGAUGGAGGUUCUGCUGGACGUGAAGGAAGACAAUUCACCGUUGCCAACGUGGGGAACAAUGGCCGCAUAUACUUGAGACCGACUGUCCGCCCCGCCAACCAGAGAUACCCUCAGCCCAAUUUUGUCUUUCCCAUAACGCCACCAGGGACGGCCGGUCUUGAUGCCCUGACGGAGAAGCAAAAGCAAAAGGGCGCAAGCGAUCUUCAUCUGAGCCAGUGGACCGACACGCCGCCCACUCCUGCAACGCCUGCAACGGUCACCAGCCCUUUAACGUCGAGUAGCAGCCGUUACUUUUCCGCCCACGCCCCGCGGCCUUCUCAACACCGACGCGCCCACUCCGAUUCAACGGUUCACGACGGCGCCACGAGUCGCAAUUCUGAGGCUGAGGGUUUCAAGAUCGUCAUCUCUAAGCCCGGCGACGAAAAACGAGCAAAAACCACCGAGGAUCUGGAUGCGCCUCAAAUUCCAAUGUUAGACAUUGAAAUUCCAAAUUGGAAAUUGGGCAACCCGCGCUUCACCGCUAGAGGCACUCCAUUCUUCAGAGGCUCGAGUUAUGCCCCGACGGACGAGUUUCCUUCUUCCAGCAACGUCUCUGUUCUGCACAAAUCUCCGACGGGCGACCUCGUUCCAAGGAUGCCCGAGUCAACAGCGUCCAGGAAGCCUAGUCCCAUCUCGAUCCCUCAAAUACGCCUGCCACCCCUGGAACCCUCGAGGUUCGCCGACCCUCUCAGUCCGCCUCCCAUGACGACGCCCCGGCUGCCCGCCGUCCGCUCCACCUAUAUGUCGACCCAUCUGGUCAUCGAACCCACCAUGUUCGAUGCCCUCACAUUCAAGCCGACAUGCGACGACAAAUCCAUAGUGCGGUACUCUCCCGCCACAGGCGCCGUGACGGCGGCGACACCGCCACGACUCGUCGCCGAGUUUACCUCUCCCAGCUUCCUCGACUACGAACUCAUUUCCGAUUUUUUCCUCACGUACCGGACCUUCCUGGAGGCAGGCGAUCUCCUGAAGUUGCUGAUGGCGCGGUUACGAUGGGCAUUGGGCCGAAACGAUGAAAUCGGCAUGGUUGUCCGGGUGCGCACCUUCGUCGCUAUGCGCCAUUGGAUUCUCAACUACUUCAUGGACGACUUUGUUGUCGAGUACGGCCUGCGCGUUUCCUUUUGCAACCUCUUGAACGACAUGUUUGAUGAAAUGGCGACUGAACCCCAAGGUCGAAAGGUUCAGUUGAAGAUUCUAGCCGAGCUGAAGAAGUGUUGGCGACGAGUCUGUGCCCAGUUCUGGGAUGGCCCCGAAUUCGAGCCAACCCUUGGACCGGGUGUGCCCAUCGCACCAGGCGGUAUCGCUGGCCACCGAAACGCCAGCCUGGAUCCGUCGUUCUGGGAGAAGGAAGACGCUGCUCCGCGGCUGGAUGGCCUCUUUGCGCCAAUUUUAGAGGACCAAGCAAAGACGAGCUUUCGCGACGAUGUAUCCCGCGCUGGACACUUUGAGGAUUCUCAGGCCAUGGGGACCAGGCCCGCCACGCCGGAGAACCGCCACGUCCAAGAAAUCGACAGACGACAGGCGGCUUCACCUACGAGCAUCGCCAGUAUGGACAUCAUCUCCUGCUCAUUCCCUGGUAAGACCUCGAGAGGGCACCAGCAUGGCAACAACUACACACUGGGUGCUCAUCCUGUAGUACCCGCAAAUUCGACCCAUCCCAGCACAGGGCUUGUUGCCACGACACCGAGGGCGUUGGUUGGGAAGCGCGUACGGGCGGGCCACGGACACAAGAGAAACGGAAGCUUGACGGACUCGCUCAGAGAAAAGGAGCAUGCCGCUGACCGGUCAGGCUUCCAAGACACGGAUUUCCUCAUGUCGCUGCCCUUCGCCGGCAGUCUCGUUCGAGGAAACCUGAUGCCACCCGGUCAGCCGUAUGUCGAGAUCAUGUCCCCCAGCCUCGCAGGUGAUUUCCAGCGACAUACGACGAUAUUUCAGGUGCCAGGACAGCAGCGAAGCGCCUCGGCGAUGUCUGGUCAAGGCAUGAAGAAGCUGAUUGGCAGUGUUCGACGAGCCCUCAGCACAAGAGGGCAAGGCGUCUCCCCAACACAAGGCAACUUCAUCAACAUCUCCCCCAUCGGACCUCGUGGAGCGACGACAAACCGGUUACCCGGGACCGCGAUUGUUCCUCAAGCUAGGCCACAGCACAAUGGAAUCCGUCCCCCUGUGCGGAUAGACCUUCUGGGCGCGGAAAUUGUCGAGGAUUUCAAGAAGGCAGUACGAGAAGACGCUGCCGCAGACGCAGCCAUCGAAACCGAACGAAGGGGGUUUAUGGGCCCUGUCGCUGGCGCUUUGCGCAACGCAGUAUCAAGGGAAGGUCUUGACUACUCAGCAACCCAUCUGGUCUCCUCUUUUGGGAGCAUUCCCGAGGAUGAUAUCCUCCGACCCAUCAGUGACAUGGCGAUUACGACGGGCAGCAAGUCAAUCGUCAUUGUGGACGACACGAUCCCGUUCUCCCUGCCAACGAUGCAUGGGGCGUUGCCAGCUAGCGAGUCCAUCGAAGCAUUUGCCGAUGCAUUCCUGCCCACUGGUGCGGAUCCAACGCCGCCAAAUACACCUCCGGGGCAAGCCGUGGGUACUCCUAGACGGUCGUCUUAUCUUCUCAACCAGCACGUCGUCAGACAAUCCAUUUCGGCAGAUCCUUUGCCUCCUUUUAUACCCGACUUGGCAACCCUGGGCAAUGGCGGCAGCGUACGGCCGUCGAUGGAUAGCGGUCGCCCUUUCUCGGAGUUGGUCGAAGGAACUUCCAGCAGGCCGACCUUUACCAGAUCAGUGAGGAAACACCUUCGGCAGAAAUCGAGCAGGACGAAUCGAUCUCUCGAUUCGGCCAUUAUUCGUCGACGCACAGCCUCGUUUGGAAGCGCAUUCGACCCUCGCUCGACGGUCAAGAGUUUUGACGCAACCACUUACACGGAGGGCUCUGUAGCCGACGAGAACGAGAACGAUACCCUCCCCCAACCUCAACGUGUCUUAAGGCGGCGACCAGGUGGUGAUCUUCGGGCAGUGAAUAACAUAGGUGGCCUGGAUGCCCUGCCACUGCGUAAGUCGCGAUCUACGGGCUCCCUCACAACCUAUUCGGAGUCAAUGCGAAGCUCUUCUCUGCAAAGCCCCAACCACGACACCAGCGCGUUUGUAGACGUUGUCUCGAGCGAGUUCUCGCACCGCGAUGAGGCAGACAACUUCUCCCUCGGUGCCAUGGCAGAGCCGUCGUCAAAACGACAGGUUUCAUUCUUCAGUACCCACUCGUCCAAGCCGAUCAUGCGCCCGUCCUUCGAAGCAGAGGCGCAGAAGCUUGCGCAAAUCCCCGACGACGACGAUGAUGGUGGCGUGGAAUCGGCCCUGCUCAAACUGGAAGGCAAAUACGAAAAGAAGACAUUCAAACUGUCCAUGGAGCCCUCCAAUACUCCGAUUCACGACGCAGACGCCUCCAGUAAGCCCGAUAUGGAGCCUGAAGUUCUCAGAUCAGGCAAGAGAGAGAAUCGUCGGUUACACGUCCUUCCCGGCGAUGCUGCAUUGGACCAGGAGGGUGAGGGGUCGGAGACCCAUUCCAGCUUUCUCAACAUCCCCCGGCGAUCACACACUGCAGCGAGCUUCUUGUCAAACAAAUCUGCGGGAUCCUACUGCUCUAUUCCUCUCUUGGAACGCGGCUUGACGGACGACGGCCGUAGUAAAGCAUCUGUUGGCGGAUGGACGGAUAUGUCCGUACUCCAGGGACCUGAGGAUGACAUAUCCCCGGCAGAGACUCCACGACCAAUGUACGAAGGAUCCUCACGCGAUUCAUCCUUUGAGUUCGUUCAAAGAACCGAAAGUAUGGAGAGAAUCAACCCAAAGGCGCCGCCAAGCGAACAAUCGUUCUUGGACGAUGACAGCGACGAAGACGAUUUGCAUUCUGACCUUUCCUCUGAACUCUCAACCGAGAUGGUUGAGCCGGAAGAGUUUGCCAUGAACCAGACGCAGCCCCUGCCCAAUCGCAAUGCACACCGCAGUGCGUCUAUCCUCGAGUUCGAUCGUCGACCACUGAGAGAGUCGACCAUUGGCAUGUCAGACGGUCCUCCUUCGCCACCAAUGACGCUGUUCCAGGCCCUUCAAAUGUCGCCUGAAGCCGCCCUGGUUCCAGAACUCCAUGAGGAUCAGGUGUACCAGCAAAAGCCUCUCCCGCCGACCCCUGAUACGGUCCUGGUAGCCAGGGACCAAGCGAGGUCGCCAUCUGACCCCACGGGCACCAAGGAAGCCCUGCGCGGCCAGCCCAGGUACUUGGAGCCCGAACGCGAGUCGUCGCUGAGAUUCUCAGUCCACCUGCCGUUCACCCUCGCCUUCGAUUCUGAGAUCUUGGCGCAGCAAUUCACGCUGAUCGAAAAGGACGCUCUCAACGAGAUCGACUGGAAGGAGCUUAUCGAUAUGGCCUGGAAAAACGCGACCAACAACGACUCUCGUUCAUGGGUAGACUUCCUACGCAACACAGACGCCCAUGGUGUUGAAGUCGUCAUUGCGCGCUUCAACAUCAUGGUGAAGUGGGCAUGUAGCGAGAUCGUCCUCACCCAGAACAUCGAGGAACGGGCGCGGUGCAUCAUCAAGUUCAUUCACAUCGCCGCCCACUGCCGCCGAUACCGCAACUUUGCGACCAUGAGCCAAAUCACCAUCGCCUUGACUUCCAUUGAGAUAUCUCGACUUUCAAACACCUGGGCUAUGGUGCCGCCCCACGACAUGCAGACCCUGCGGGGUCUCGAGGCUCUCAUUUCACCUACGCGCAACUUUUACAACUUGCGUGCGGAAAUGGAGAGUGGCUCCGACACGGGUUGCAUCCCGUUCGUGGGCAUCUAUACGCACGACCUGCUCUUCAACGCCCAACGUCCCUCCGAGAUUGCCAGCUCGCCGACGACCGCACCGCUCGUCAAUUUUGAGAGGUGCAGAUACGCCGCUACCAUAGUCAAGACGCUGCUGAGGCUGCUCGAGGCUAGCACGUUGUACCAAUUUCAGCCCGUGGAAGGCAUUACCGAGCGCUGCCUAUGGAUGAGCGCUCUCAGCGACGAGGAGAUACGUAAACACUCCCAUCGUCUUGAAUAA